UUGGUGUUCCGGAUGAUUGCGCUGUGAUCGACUAAUUUUUUAUGACGGAUAACUCGACCAUAUCUGUCGAUCCGUCAUUAGUUAGUGCACGGAUCGACGUUCGAAAAGAUUCGCUUGAUCUUCCAAUUUUGAUCCAGAGGACAAGAGAAGGAAGCAGUGACAGAGAACAUGAUGGAGAUGAUAGUGGAGCUAAAGGAAGAAGCGGUUCUUUAAAUCCUCCUGGGGGAAGAAGUCGAUCUGCGUCUGCAUCACCAAAGCCACGGUUUAGUCAUCAUCGCAGAUCAUCUAUUCAUAGUCGUGAUCGUCCCUCUGGUCACAGCUCAUUUGUAGUCCAUCCAAUCAAUGAAUUAGCUCCAACGGGAGCUCAAAGAAGUCAUCACAGAGGGAGCCGCGUCUCAUUUGCAAACAUUCGCUCAGCAAUACCAACAGAUAUAGAAAGUGAUCUGUUUCAAUAUGAUGAUACAUGGGCAUCUCCGUGGUUCAAAAAGAAAUGGGCACAAAUAUUUUACAUGAUUUGCUACACUGUGUCAACCGUGUCCGUUGCAUGUAACAGCCCAAAGUCGUUCAACAAUGUGUCAGCACUGAUCUAUGUGACGUUGGUCAUCGAUUGUAUACUUGUAUUUCCAUUUGGUCUCCUCAUCAUGUCAGAGAUUCGUUAUCGAGGCAUAUGGAAGAAAACGUCUCGGUCGAGGUCAAGACCAUUUCUGAAGAACUUCUGGUGCUGGUUGGAUUCUAUUGUCUACAUUUGUCUUUUUGCAUCGAUCAUUUUGCAGGCAUUUGAAAUAAAGGAUUCGAAUAGCUAUUCCAAUGAUGCAAGGAGUUUAGUUCGCUUGCCUCGAGCGUUGACUGUUCUUCUUGUGUUUCGUUUUGGCAAGUUUAAUCGACCUUCCAAACAUACCAUACAGAUAGUGAAACGUGCUGCUAAGCAGAUCAGAAAUGCAGCUAUUUUGUUUGGAUACAUUACCUUCUUGUUUGCAUUGGUUGGCAUUCAGCUAUUUGGUGAGAUAAAUGACCAUUGUGUUAACGACACAAUUGUUGACAACACAGCUGAAGACAAUUUCAGUAUUAGAGACUACUCUCUAAUAACUCCAAAAGUGCUCGCCAUUCCUGACACACUGUGUAAUGCCAAUGACAACAACAGUCGUGGUGUUAUCAACAAUUACGGCUACACGUUGGGAUUUCAACCUUGCCGAGACAACACAUCCGAACGACAACUCAGAUGUCCAAGCGGGUUUUCAUGCAAACAUUUUCCUACUGACAAACAAAACGAGAACCUUGGCGACUUUUCUAAUCUUUAUUCAGCUCUGUUGACUGUCUAUGACAGCAGUACACAAGAGUUGUGGUCAUUCCUUAUGUAUGAUGCGAUCGAUUUUAGUGAUGUAGCAUUUGUGGCUCCUCUUUAUUUUCUCUUGCUGAUUAUUUUUGUUGGCUGGCUGGCAGAGAACGUCUUUGUUGUCGUUGUGAUCGAAGCGUUUGCUGACUUCCGCAGUAAAUUAUUUGAACGCUACGCUCCCUCAGCUCCAGAACACAUACCAAGUGCAGUUCUUCAAAAACAUGAGGGCAACACUCGUGGAUGGACGCUGGUAUUGCGAGAAGAUCAAGUCAAACUGGACAACAGACUAAAACGCUUUCUAGCCUCUAAGGCAUAUAAGUGGAUUGUUGUUGUUUUGGUUUUGUUGGAGGCUGUGCUGAUGGCAUGCAGAGUAACGUCUGAUUCACCGGGACUGCGUGAUGAAGUUCUCUUGCCAAUUCAGAUUUCUUUCACUGUCAUCUUUGUGAUCGAAAUGGCACUUAAGAUUUGGUCAUUUGGAAGGAAACGCUACUUUAGCAAACAUAUGACUGUGUUUGAAUUUGUGACCUCGGUUGGUAGCAUAGCGAACAUCAUCCAGUGGUUAAUUGUGGGCAACAACAAUCCUCACUACUUGGCACUAUUUCAGGUGAUGCGUAUAUUUCGACUCAUUCGGGCAUCUAAAACGAUAGAAGAUUUUGUGUAUCAGAUUCUUGGUGAUGGAAAGCGUCUUGGCAUUCUACUGAUCGCGACGUUGCUCUUUCUCUUUAUCUUUGGCAUUUUUUCUCUGCAGGCAUUUUGUCACUUCCAAGACGUUGACCAGUUUGCCACAUUUCCUGUUGCAUUUAUGAGUACGUUUCAGAUCAUUAUCCAGGAAGGAUGGGUAGAACUGACGAGCGAAGUGAUGAACAAAACUCCUCCAUACGUCGCUUACACAGCAAGCGUAUGCUUCUUUCUGUUCGUCCAUCUUGUUGGAUCUUUGAUAAUUUUCUCGAUGUUUGUGGCUGUGAUUGCUGAUAAUCUCGAGUUACCUGAAGAGUUGAAGCUACAGAAGCAGGAGCAGCAGAGUCGCAUAAUAACGGAGGGUGAAGAGGAGCUGCCGUGGCGUCUCAAAGUCUUUGAACUCUUUCCGAAUAAUCCCAAGCUUGUGCAUAUUCCAAACGCUCCAAAUUACGAGGUUCCAGCCAUCAGAGAGAGUGUCAUGAGAAAUUUUAUUGAUUCUGGUGAGAUGAUGAGAAACGAGUGGCGCAACCAGAACAUUGAGUCGCUGCCACAGGCAAACACUGAUGUCCCCUUACCAAGGAGAGACACACAUUUUUAUUUGUUUACCUCGUUGACAACACAAAGACAAAACCUACUCAGGAAGCGUUCGAGUAUUGCAUCAAUCAUACAUGAGUCUGAGCGCUCAAGAUGUGCACCUGAUAAGAUAGAGGCCAUCAGCACUGUAGGUGGAAGGCGUGUUGUUCCACCAACAGCCACGAAUCGUCGUCUAACUGCUUCAAAGAUCGAUGCAGAUCAAACCUCUUGGAGGAAAACGCUUCGAAGAAGCAAACAUAAGACGGUUACUGAUCACGUCCAGAAAGAUUUGUCAAGGAGUAAGUCUGGAGAAGUGGAGGGCGCACUGAAUGUUGAUCAGACAUUGCACUUCAGAAUGAGAAGAAGCCAAGAAGAAGCAAUGAGGAAGAGGGAGACAAAAGAAGACGAAUUGAGAGGAAACCAUAGUUUCUUUGACUCGUCACUAUUUCUCUUUGGUUCAAACAAUCGAUUCAGAAGCUUCUGCAAGCGAAUUGUUGAUGCAAAAUACGAAUACAAACAGGACACAGAAGCUGUCGAGUCUUUGCGAUCACAUCCUUUGAAGCUAAAUUCGUCAUUCCUGGAAUCGGCAAAAGAGUUUGCAUCGAGGCUGACAUAUCUCGACUGGAUUAGUGUUAAUAUUGCGAUGAUCACAUCUAUUCUCAUGUGCUUUGAAACACCAAAACACAGAGCUUCUCCUGACUGUCUCUUUCUUUACGUAUCUGACUUUGUGUUUGUGACUGUCACCGGUCUCGAGCUUCUUCUGAAGAUAGUUGCUCAUGGCCUUGUGUUUGCUCCGAAAGCAUUUAUCAAAGACUUAGGAAAUGUUUUUGACAUUUUUAUUUUUGUGGUGAGCUUGUUGUAUCUAAUCAUCCUUCCUAAUCCUGAUCCAGCUGGAGAAACAGAUGCUGUCAAGUCACUCUUGGCACUGCGCUGCUUACGACCACUUCGUGUCAUCAGUCUUUCUCCAACUAUUCGCAAGACCAUUUCUGAAAUGUUUAUUGUCAACACUGUGAGCACCAGCCAGAAGUCACAGUAUGGUUUAGACAUUCUUUACGUGACGGUGCUGCUGAUUGGAUUUAUAUUUAUGUGGGCCAGCUAUGGACUUCAGCUGUAUUCCGGCAAGCUGAAACACUGCAACGAUGUCUUGAUAGCAAACGAAACGGACUGCGUCGGCUACUUUGAAAUGCCCAUCUCAGUGAAGAGUUGGCUCAUCUUUAAAGACAACUCGUCAGAUUAUCCAACCAUGCUAGUGCCACGUGUCUGGUCAAAUCCACGGAAUUUUCAUUUUGAUAACAUUGGUACUGCCUUUCUCACUCUUUUUGAAGUGAUAACACUAGAAGGCUGGCUGCAAGUUCGUAAUGUUCUUAAUGAGAGACUAGGAUGGGGUACACAGUUGUUUCUCUUCUCGUACAUUUUUCUCGGCAUUUUGGUUGUGCUGACAUUGUUUGUUGGCGUCAUCUUGAUAAACUUCCAGAAGAACAAAGGAACUGCUUUACUGACUGUUGACCAGAGACGAUGGCGAGAUCUCAAAAAACGACUUCAACUUCUUCAGCCUUUGACGAUGCCUCCACGACCUGACAACAGUCAGUGGAGGGCGUGGCUGUACGACCAAUUGCAGACUCGUGUAUACAAGUGGACGUCUGUGUUGAUGAUUUUUCUUCAGAGUUUGACCCUCCUCUUUCCAUGGAGGAGUUUUGGUGUAUCAGGAAAUGAUGGUAAACGUACUAGUGACAGCCAGGAAGGCCUGAUGAUUGCGGGAGUUGUUUUUAUUGUAUAUUUUAUACUUGAGAUUAUUCUCAAGAUAAUUGCUCUCUCCGUUCGAGGUUUCUUUCUGAGUAAACGUAACUUGUAUGAGUUGUUCAUCACAGUCGUCGGAUUCGCAUACUUCAUUAGUGCAAUGGUUUCACUCUCGACGAACGACUGGACUGUCACACGACCUUUGGGAAUCACUGCUAUUAUAAUGCGGACUGUUAUGCUUGUAGGGAAAAUCGAAGCGCUGAAGAUGCUGAUGCUCACUCUGGUAGUGACUGUUGCGAGAAGCUUUUAUGUGUUUGCAGCAUUGACCAUCAUGUUGAUAUCUUACGCUCUUAUUGGAGUCGUUCUCUUUCAUAAUGUGAGCUGGGGUCAAGCAAUUGAUCGGUAUGCCAAUUUUCAAUCAUCGGUCCAUGCUUUACUUUUAAUGUUUCGAAUCGUGACUGGAGAAGACUGGAACCAGAUUAUGCACGACUGUAUGGUUCAACCUCCAGAAUGUGAAGGUCAUAACUGCGGCAAUGUUGGAGCUGCUGUCAUCUUUUUCUGCUCGUUUUAUGUUCUCGUCUCUUUUAUUGUUCUCAAUGUAUUGAUUGCUGUGAUGAUCGAAAAUUUCUCACUGUUUUACUCAAGUGAAGAGGAUGCUCUGCUUAGCCAUCAUGAUUUGAAGGGAUUUUUGGCUAAUUGGAAUGUUAUAGACCGGGAGAGAAAGGGGGCUAUACCAGCAAGACAUGUGGAGUUUCUACUUAGAAUACUUGAUGGUCGUUUGAAGAUUGACAUGGACAACGACAAGUCAAAAUUUCAACACAUAAGUCGCGAAAUAGAAAAGUUUCAUGGCGACGAAAAGCUCGUAGGAUUUCAGAAAGUGAUAAGUGUAUUGGCUUUUUGGUCAGUUGAUAUCAAAGACUGUUUAACUUUUGAUGAAUAUUGGGUGAGGAAAGAGCUGGAAGAUAUGAUACGUUACGAGGUCGCUCAGAAAACGAUUCAAAGUUGGCUUGAACGAUCGUUCAGAGCGAUCAACGAGAACGAAGCUGCAGCUCAGAGUAGACAAAGCCCUGCGAUCUCUCUCAAUCCUAUUAAACAGCCACAGAUGCAGCACUACGGAUGUGACGAAAUUGAGAUAUCAGAGUUCACCGAUACGUUGAGAGCUGCAGGAGGAGAGAACUCGGAUUCGAGUGGCGAAGAGAACGACGAGUGUCAUGGACGAUCAAGGCUCCUGUCGACGGAUACAGGACAGAGUAUUGCACCGUUGUCUGCACCAGUCAAGGCGCAUGCACGGGUCAGCGAUCAGAGAGGAGACAGCACUCGGUCAGAUGACAGUAUGAAGUCCAGACGUAUCGGUCGUCCAAGGUCACUUGGUGAUAGCACAUUGAUGAACACUGGGAGGCAAAUUAGUAUUCAGUCUGAUGACAUGGCGCCACUGAUUCAGCUUGGAACAAAAGCGGUGACUGAUGAGAUCUGUGAUUGGUUUAACGAACAGUUUGAGAAUGAGAGUGACAACAGCGAUUUUUAGCCGACAUAAAGGGUACCCAAUAUUGACAGUUGGGAGGUGCGUAUGAUGUAGAGAUUUCUAGUUUAUCUUCAGAGUUGUGAGGAUCGAUUCACUAGGUAUAUAUAAGGACGAUGUGGUGCAAAACUAUUAGUGUAGCAUUGAUUUGUAGUGUGCAUUUGGUUGCUAUUGUAAACUUGUUUUGGAAACAAAAACAACAUGAGGAUGAAAUAACAAAA